GCCAAAAAUAUUAAAAGUUUCCUGUAAAUAACCAGCCCCCCAAUAAGUUACCAUUGGGUCAUUGUGAUUUAACAACAACGAUUUUGACAUUUGCAGUGUGAGCGAGUGAGACGGCCCGACAAUGUAGCACACAAAAAUAAACGAGAACGACGACAAGACACAACAGCAGUCACAGUCAGUUCGUCAGUCGUCGUUCGGUCGUUGUCAGUAGUCAAGAAGAAAAUGAACAACAGUGAGAAAAUUCAGCGUUUGGUCUGAGAAGGAAAAAAAAAUUCAACAAUUUCUUUACUUUCGGUUUUGCUAAAUUCACCGAAAAUUGUUCGUUCCGUUAGAAAACUAUUAAUAAUUUGCCAAAAUGGUUUUCAAUAUUUUAUUCAAGGAUCGUGUCACAAAGCCCCAGAAGAAAAUGCUCAUUACCCUGUUGAGGGAGACGAAAUUCAUGGAGGGGAAAAAAGAGAAAGAAUGGUAUUGGGAAAAGAUACAGGAGGCCUUGAAUAGAAUCGGUCCCAAAAAGACCAUCAUACAAUGGAAAAAGUGCUGGCGUGACAUGCGUUUGACGACACGCAAAAAGCUUGCCGAACUAAAACGUUGCCAAAUGGCCGGUGGCUCCCCCCCACCCGGCAUAGAACUGAGCCAAGAGGACAAUGAUAUUAUUGAUAUUGUCGGCACAGAAUAUUUUUACGAAGAAAUGAAUGGCGAAUUGAAACCGGAAAAUUUCAUAACCGGCUUUGAUUAUGUCCCCGAACAUUUUUGUGAUGCCAUACUCACCGCCGCCGCUGUGUCCAGUGGCCAACAGCAUAUGCAACACCAAAAGGAACAGCAGCAACAACAACAUGCCCAGCAGCAACAGCAGCAAGAUCAUCAUACCAAUGAUGGUGAGACGAAUGAUGCUCCUGGCUCUUCAAAUCAUGCCGAUACCCAGGCUGGCCCCUUCGGUCAGGCCAAUGUAUCGCAAAUGACUGGCCAAAAUGGUGAUCAUUCAAAUUCUACGGGUACAUUGCAACAGCAUAAUAUUUUGCCUAAUCAUCCUGCCUUUUCAGGGGGUCUACAUCCACACUUGAUGCGGCGCCAACACCAGGCCACGGCAGCUUUCCACCGAGAGGCUGCAUUUGAGGAGAAACUGUUGCAGUUUAUGCAGGAUGCCUUUCCGAAAAAGAGUAAAAAACGAAAGAGCCGUGAUCCCGAUAAGCUGUUUCUGCUAUCACUCUACGAGGAAAUCAAACGGGUACCCGAGGAUAUACGCCUGGAUGUGAAGAGCGAAUUGAUCCAGGUGCUGAAACGUUAUCAGAAAAAGUCGCCCAUAAAACAGGAGAAAACCAAUCAUACUCAUGCACAAUCUUCAUCUAGUUCGGGCAAAUCGUCGGGCAGCACAACACCCAAUGAGAAGAUCCAGCUACCACAACAACAACAGCAACAUACCCAAUUAUCGCACAGCAUGUAUCAAUUGCAAAAGAAAUACGAUAAGAGUGAGAAGGAACCCUCACCCCAAUCACAAGUGGAUCGUGUGCAGCAGCAUUCAAGGGAACAGGUGGCAGCGGCGGCGGCCGCAGCUGCUGCCGUUGCCACUGGCAGUGUGGCAUCGCUGCAUGCUCCACAACAAAUACCCCACACCCUGUUCCAGCUGCAAAAGAAAUACGAAGAGUCGGCCGCCGAAAAGGUCCACCAACAAAACGAUCAGCGCAAACAUGUUGAGGCUGCCCAUCAACAGCAUCAGAGUGCCCAUCAGCAACCACCUCCGCCACCGCCUUCCAAUGAACAACAACAGCAACAACAUUUACAUCAUCCCCAGAUGACACACGGCAUAAUGUUUCCAUUGCCUCAGAUACGCAGCGAACAGCCCGGCGGAGGUGGCGGUGGUGCUGGCGGCCAACAACAUCAUGCCCACAAUCCGCAUGCCCAACAGCCACAGCAAUCCCAGCAUCACCAACAGCAAACGCAACAUCAUCCACCAUCGAUUUUCGGUAAUCCCGCCACAACAGCUGGUGGCAUGACAAGCGAUCGUCCUGCCAUGUCGUACGAGAAUGUGGGAUGAAUGUGGAGUCGUUUAUGGGAAGCUGCCUGGGAGGCAGGUCGAUUUCCAUUAAACGUUUCUUUGUUAGAUAAUAGUGAAGCUGAAUAGGCUCUAAAACGAGAAAAAAAAAAACAAAACACAGAAAGAAGAGAAAAAAACUAAAGAAGUAACAAUUUGUCGUUAAUGUAUAUGUAAAUCUAGUAUAACUUGGAAUUACGUUAAUAAUUUUUAUUCUCAUUUUUAAUUUUUCACAUAAUGAUAUAUAUGAUUUUUUUGUAAUAUCGACAUCCAGACACACACACAUAUAUAUAUACAUAUAACCACUUAAAUAGUUUAUAUAGGUUGGAAAUCGCUCACAGGAAAUUUUAUGAAAGAAAACUUUGUAUUAUGGGUAAAGGGGAGAAGAUAAGUAAAGACUUUGGGUUUCUUUAUUUUUCCCCAUUUGUCCUCUCAAAAGGUUUCUUUUAUGACCCCCCUUGUGUGUGAAUUUCGACUGGCCCCAUAGCUAUUCCCCAAAAAAGAUAUUAUUUUUCAAAACUUCUUUAUUUAAAUUGCUAGUAUCUAAAUAGGGAAUCAUUUAUGGGUCUUCUUUAAAAAUACCUUUGAGAUUUUUAAUAUGUGAACGAUCUUCUUUUAUAAAUAUAAGAUCUUCCGCUCUUCUGUAAUUGAUAAAUAGAUAAGGUCUGUGAAAGAUGUAAUUCUUUUAGCAGACUUAUAUAAUUUGUUAUAUCUAAAAAGUUGUAGAACAAUUCCUUUAUUUAAAAAUGCCUUUAGAUUUUCUUUUUAAUUUUAUGACAAGGAAGUCUUAACAAUUCUCUCUUUUGUCUUUUUGGGACCCAGUGGGAGUAUUCUAUCUACACAAGACCUCUAAUAUGUAAGCUCUUUUAUGUAUAGAAUAAUAUAAGGUAAUUUGCCUAUAGAAGACCUUUACGUAGAAGGUUUUUCUAUUUAUACAAUGUCUUUAACUAUAAAUUCUUUCCAAAAUGUCUUUGGUCUGUAGAAGACCUAUAGUUUGCUGCCUUCCCAAAGAAGCGCUCUAGAUGCUCCACCUUUUUGUGGAAGACCCCUUUAAUAUCUCUAGAAAAUAUAAAGAUCUUUUGCUAAUAGAAGACCAUUUACCUCCAUAUUUUUCUUAUGCAAAUUACAAAAGUAUUUAAAAGAUUUUCUAGAUUUUCUUUUAUGUGCAGAAAACCUAAAAAACUCCUACUUUUUGGAGACCUAGAGAAGGUUUCCUAUCCAUAUAAGUCCCCUAAUAUAUAAGCUAGUAUAUGCAAGGCCUCUAAAAUAUAGAAAGUUUUAUAUAAACGAAAGAUUUAUCCACCUAUAGAAGAUCUUUAGACAGUAUUUUAUAUACAGAUGUCUUCUCGAAGAGCUUCUGUCUGUAAAAGGUCUUCUGUUUGUGAAAUACUUCUAGAAGAUCGACGGUCUUACAAGAUCCCUUGAAGAUCUUGAUAUAAGAUCUACAAAAUUUCGAUUAUUCACAGAGAGAGGACCCCCAAGGACCUUUUAUUUAUUUUUUGGAAAUUAAAUACAUUUUUCAAGUCAUUUUCCAUUCUAAUUUUUGGUCUGUUCCAGGACAGGAAGAAUAUAAAAAAUUUUAAGAGCCGAUUUCCGAUCCCUUUACGAUAUUGAAAAAUAUUGCAAAAAUACUAGUUUCUUGCAGGUUCUGGAACAGACCAUUUGUUGGAAAAGCUAUUGCGGAUGUAAAGAUCUUGAUAUGAUAAACUUGAUAAACUUUUUUCUUCACACAGAGAGAGGACCCCCAAUGACCUUCUAUUUAUCUUUUGGAAAUUGAAGACAUUUUUCAAGUCAUUUUCCAUUCCAAUUUUUGGUCUGUUCCAGAACCUGCAAGAAUAUAAACAUUUUUACAACGAAAGCCGAUUUUCCCAUUGCGAUAUCGAAAAAUAUUGCAAAAAUACUAGAUUCUUGCAGGUUCUGGAAAAGACCAUUUGUUGGAAAAUAUAUUGCGAAUGUAAAAAAAAAGUUUAUUUUUGUUGAAUACCUCUAGAAGAUUCACGGGUUUUUUGGAAGACCCCUUGAAGAUCUUGAUAUAAGAUCUGGGAAACAUCGUUUGUCCACAGAGGACCCCAAUGAUCUUCUAUUUAUUUUUUGCAAAUUACCUUUUCCUAUUUUCUAUUUUAAUCUCACUUUUGUUGGAAAAGCUAUUGUGGAUGUAAAGAAAAGUUUAUGUUUUUAGAAUACCUCUGGAAGAUUUGCAGUUCUUUAGAAGACCCCUUGAAGAUUUUGAUAUAAUAUCUGCGAAACAUCGUUUGUCCACAGAGGACCCAUUGAUCGUUUAUUUGUCUUAUGGAUUCUAUUCUUUUAUUUUUGUUGGAAUAGCUAUUUUGAUAUAAGACCUGCAAAACCGCUUUUGUCUAGAGAGUACCCCAAUGAUCUUCUUUUGCAAACUAACUUUAUCAAAUCAUUUUCUUUCCCUUCAUUUUGUUGGAAUAGCUAUUGCGGAUGUAAACUAAUACUACUACCACAACUACAGACUCCUCCCCCUCCUUCACACACAAACACAUUACAAUACAAAAUUAAUAUACAUACAUACAUCUAUGUUAUAUACAUUUAUAUGAUUAUUAUUAUAAAUAAUAUACCUAGUAUAUAAAUUAAAAACAAUUAUAUUACUAACCUAUCCAUUUGGAUAUUAUGAUUAA